CACGAGGUCUUUAUAGAUCGGAGAAGGCAGAAAGGGGAAGAAGAAGAAGAAGAAGAAGGAGAAGAUGGGUUACGUUCUUCGAGUGAGGUUGGCGUCGUUCUUCGCCGGAGCUGCGGUGGCGUCGUUUACGGGGCUUUACAUCCUUCACAAUGACUACAAGGUCGCUCAUGAGGCCAUUUCUCGUCAGGUGAAAGGCCUCCAUGAGUCACUGGACAGACGAAUUUCAGCUGUUGAGAGUUUAAAACAAACUGAAGCUCCACAACCUGCAGAAGCAGCUGAAUAGAUGCCUUGAGAGUAUGCUACUGCAUUUUGAUACUGUGGCCCCUAAAAUGAUUUUUCCUAUUAUGCAGGUAGUUUCUAUGUAGUUUCUCCUCCCUCUCAAAGAAUAACUUUGACGUAAUUGGUUUGUAUCGUAUCCCCAAUCAUGUAACGUCAUUUACUUGAAGGCUUGAGUUUUGUAUCUCGUAGUAGCAGACGAAAACUAUUGCUGCAUUCAGAUUUUGAUGUUUAUCUGGGAGAACUUAUCUUUA